UUAAUCUGUCCCUUCCUGUGGGGAGCAUUGUGAAGAGCGUUGUAAGCAUCGUGUUGCCUACUGGUACCGAGCGCUUCGAAGCGACAAUGAUCAUGUACCGCGAUGCGCGGUACAGCCAGGCCUACACCGAGACGCCCAUCUUCCUCGAUGUCGGGAGUCAGGUAUACAUCGCGAUUCACGUCCAGGACCUUGACGCUGACCAGUUCGUAGCGACACUGGAGAACUGCUGGGCCACUCCCAUAAGCGACCCGUCAUCACAGGUUAAAUGGGGACUUAUAACCAAUCAGUGCCCGAAUUCUGUCAGUGAGGUGGUGAUUGAAGAAAGUGGCGUCUCCCCCAUUUGCCGAUUCAAAUUCUCAGCUUUUAAGUUUCAGGGCGAGGUGAAUGAUGUCUAUGUGCAUUGUCAAAUUCAGCUGUGCAAUUUCCGAACGACCCAGUGCUCACUGAAUUGUCCACUCCAGAGAAACGCUAGGAACGCUGGAGGCACUAAGCAAACAGGAACUUUCAGCAUUGGCCCACUCAAGAGGAGAAGUUCUGCAGGAAUUAUGCUCGAUGGCAACCAUGCAAUCUCAAGCUCUCCACUGACACCUGGCUUCCUUUUCCUCACCUGCCUGUUCCUUCAACAUAUUCUACAAAUUUGA